AUGAAAGGGAAUAGUGAAGAGAAAUUAAUGAAAACAUAUUGGACGAGGCCUGUUUUUAAGAGGAAUUCUUUUGGAUCAAAAUGGAGAUUAAUGAAGAAGAAAGCUAGUUCAAAAUCCACUCUUCUUGUUUCCUUCUUCUUCUUUCUACUUUCUUUGCUGGUUUUGGCUGCUUGGAUUGACCUAGCUAAAUAUGCAGGUUAUUCCUCUCAAAAAGCACUCAAAAUUUUUAGCAGAACUCCAUCAACUUCAAAUCUCGAGUACCCUCUAGAUUGCUCUGUAUGGAACCAAACCAAUACAUGUCCAAAAACUUACCCAACUUCAUACAAACCCUCCAAUCCAAACCCUUCAUUAAACCUCAAAUGCCCAGAAUUUUUCCGAUGGAUUCACGAGGAUUUGAGGCCAUGGAGAGAGACUGGAAUCACAAAGGAAAUGGUUGAAAAAGCACGCAAAACUGCCCAUUUCAGAUUGGUGAUUUUGGAUGGGAAAAUUUUUGUGGAGAAAUUCAGACAAUCGAUUCAAACUAGGGCUUUGUUCACAUUGUGGGGAAUUGUACAGUUAAUGAGGUGGUACCCCGGGAAAUUGCCUGAUUUGGAGCUCAUGUUUGACUGUAAUGACCGGCCGGUGAUUCAGGCGAAGCAUUUCCGGCAGCCGGAUUCUGGGCCGCCGCCACUGUUCCGGUACUGCUCGGAUUGGAAGAGCUUGGAUAUUGUAUUCCCGGAUUGGUCAUUCUGGGGCUGGGCAGAGACAAAUAUAAAGCCAUGGAGAAUAGUGUUGAAAGACAUGAAAGAAGGGAACAAGAGGACCAAAUGGGAAGACAGAGUGCCUUAUGCCUACUGGAGAGGAAACCCCAAUGUGUGUCCAUGGAGGGCUGAUCUUAUGAAGUGCAAUGGUACUGAUAAAAAUGACUGGAACACUCGUCUUUACGUUCAAGAUUGGGAUAAGGAGGCCAAAAUAGGGUACAAGCAAUCAAAUGUUGCAGACCAAUGCACCCACAGAUACAAAAUUUACAUUGAAGGAUGGGCAUGGUCUGUUAGUGAAAAAUAUAUUUUAGCGUGUGACUCGCCCACAUUGCUAGUCUCGCUACGUUGGCAUGAUUUCUUCAUAAGAGGCAUGAUUCCACAGAAACAUUAUUGGCCAGUUAGGGACAAUGACAAAUGCAAGUCUCUAAAAUUUGCUGUUGAAUAUGGCAACAGUCAUACUCAAAAGGCAAAGGCCAUUGGAGAAGCAGGGAGUCGCUUUAUCCAUGAAGAUCUAAAGAUGGAAAAUGUGUAUGAUUACAUAUUCCAUCUUCUAUAUGAAUAUGCAAAGCUCUUUAAAUACAAACCUACAAUUCCUACAAACGCAGUGGAGCUUUGUGCAGAAGCAAUGGCAUGUCCUGCAGAUGGGAUUUGGAAGGAAUUCAUGGAAUUAUCCUUAGAGAAAUCUCCAAGUAAUUCAAUUCCAUGCACAAUGCCUCCACCCUAUGAGCCCCAAGAAUUGAAGUCUUUUAUUGAUGCAAAGGUGAAAUCUACUAAGGAAGUUGAGGCAUGGGAGAACGAGUAUUGGGAGAAACAAAUCAAGAAACAGUAA